CACCACAUCCUCCAGGGCCACUCGAGUUCGCGGGAAACCGGUACUGUGCAUUAGGAUACAACACAUAUAUUUAGAUUGAGGACUGAACAAAUAGUUCGACACGGUUUGAAUCACUUUGACUAAACAAUACGCGAUAGACCAGCGAGCUGACACACGUUUAAACCGGCGUUUUACCAGACCGCUGCUCUCAUGCUAACAUCGCAUCGUUAGCUAGGUUGGUACAUAGGCUAACAGUAGCGCUGCUUCAUGAGGCUAGACAGAGAAAAUAGCAGUGACUAGACAGAGACAAAGGGCUACCGUUGUCACCCAUCAAAUACACUGGAGUGAAAUGAGUUUGUUCAAUUUGGACCGUUUUCGUUUCGACAAAAAGGCGGCGUCGUCAGCUAACAAAGGCGAAGACGGCGGCUCUAAGAGUCCAGAAUCGGAGAAGGAGAACAAGCCAGCCAAGAUGAAAUCUGUCAGAGGCCCACCGAAGCCCAGAGGAGUAGUUUUUGAGGAAGUUGACAUAGAGGAUGAUGAGGUCCCCUCAGAACCAAAGACUAAAUUGACUCAAUUAGCCUCCAAAAGGAAAUUCAAGAAUCCAGUUGUGAAAUCAUCAAAUAAGGUAUCGCAUCAUGUGGAUGAUGAGGACAGUGAAUUGGAGGCUAAGAUUGACAGGCUUCUCGAGAUGUUUCCUCAGUUAAGGAGGGCAGAGCUUCUAGAGGUCAUUGAAGACACAAGCACAAUGGAUGGAGCCGUAGCUGCCUGUCUUUUGAAGUUUGGUGAUAAAGGAGAAGAACAAAGCCGGAAGAGAAAGGUGGAUGGAUCUGGAAGCUCUCAGGACAGUGGAGUUGCUCAACCUAGCAAAAAGAGGAAAUCAUCAGUUGCCUCUGCUGAUAAUGAUGAUGAUGAUGAUGAUGACGAUGACGAAGAUGAAGACGACGAUGAAGAUAAAGAGCCAAGCUGGGAGAAGCGGGAGGCCAUGGUGAAGAGACUGCAGAAAAAGUUUCCUGACCAAGACAAGGAGGAGCUGCGGCUGGUGCUGCAGGAACACAACUGGAAUGCUGAAGAAGCUCUGCAGGUUCUGCAGAUGUUUUCUGAACCAGAUAAUAGCAGCUUUAGCUCUCCUGAGUCUGAAGAAGAGAAAUCAAGUAAAUCAAAGAGCAAAGACAAAUCAAGUAGGAAGCACAAAGAGUUGGGGCAACACAAAGAUCACAGACACGGUGUAGGGCGGAAUGAUCCUGGACACUCCAAUGAACUUGAACCCCUCAGUGAAUCAGAUUUUAACAGUGGAGACGACACAGAAACUACAAAAGACAGUGAAGAUGAAUCUGACCAAAAUGAAAGCAAAGGUUUCAAAAAUAAUAAUAGAUGUUCCACUCAGACUACAUGGCUUGAAACAAGUUCUCACUCAGUGUCUUCCUCCUCUUCUGUGAAGAAUAUAUCUACCUCAGCGAAGCCCUCAUCCUCUUCUGCCAAUAUGUUGUCCAGAUUUGCCAGUGGGACCAGUAUAGCUAAGACGCAAGCAGCAGAGAGCAAGAGAAAGGCACGAGCCUCACAUGAACAUGUUAUUAUUUCUGAGGGGGAAGACGAUGACGAAGAGGACACCGUUAGCAGCGAGUUUGACGACUCGGACAAUGAGCCAGACUCUGAAAGUGCCAUGACCGAAAUUAAGAGGGAAGUGCUGAAGUUUUUCCAGGACGCAUCAACAGACGAGUUGUCCCUGAUCUCUGGGUGUUCUGUCAAAAAGGCCCAGAAAAUUGUGGAACUGAGACCCUUCGAUAGCUGGAAAGCCUUGGCUGAAGUCUUUCAUAAAGAUAACGGACUCUCUGAGGACUUACUCCUUGGCUGCAGACUUGUCCUCAAAGAGCGGAAGGUUGUCUUGGGGCUCAUGUCCAAAUGUGAGACCAUUUCCUCAAAAAUGGUCCAACGGGUGACGCGGGUGAUGGAGACGGGCAGUGGGGUCGCGAAACAGCCCAGCUUACUGAACAGCCAGUUGCAGAUGAAACCUUAUCAGCUGAUUGGUCUGAAGUGGCUGCUCCUUCUGCAUGAGCACAAACUGAGUGCCAUCCUUGCUGAUGAAAUGGGUUUGGGCAAAACUAUUCAGGCUAUAGCGUUUCUGGCCCAGCUGUAUGAGAAUGGAAUAGAGGGUCCUCAUCUCAUCACUGUGCCUUCAUCUACACUGGAUAACUGGGUGAGAGAGCUGAAGCUGUGGUGUCCGACCCUCGGUGUUCUAGUCUAUUAUGGAUCUGUGGAAGAUCGCCGCUACCUCAGAUAUGACAUCCUCUCUGGCAAGACUGACUUCAACGUCAUAGUGACCACGUACAACUUGGCUAUAGGAAACGACAACGAUCGCAGCCUUUUCCGCAAGCUGAAUCUGAAGUAUGCCGUCUUUGACGAGGGUCAUAUGCUGAAAAACAUGAACACUCUACGCUACCGCCACCUCAUGGCCAUUAAUGCAGAGCAUCGCUUGCUGCUGACAGGAACUCCUUUACAGAACAACCUCUUGGAGCUGAUAUCGCUCCUGAACUUUAUCAUGCCCUCUAUGUUCUCCAGCUCCACCACACAGCUCUCCAAAAUGUUUUCUAUGAAAUCCCAUGAGGAGAGCCGUUUUGAGAGGGAUCGCAUUUCUCAGGCCAAACUUAUCAUGAAACCAUUUAUCCUCCGAAGAGUCAAGAGCGAGGUCCUAAAGCAGCUGCCAGUAAAAGAGGAGAAGGUGGAGUUCUGUUCAAUGAGUGAGAAACAGCAGGUGCUGUAUGACUCUCUCUUUAAAAAACUCAAGGAUUCCACCAGUGGUGCAAACCGCGAGUUGUGUAACGUGAUGAUGCAGCUGAGGAAAAUGGCAAACCAUCCGUUGCUUCAUAGACAGUACUACACCACAGAUAAGCUUAAAGCCAUGAGCAAACUCAUGCUCAAGGAGCCAACUCACAACGAUGCAGAUGCUGCUCUGAUCCAGGAGGACAUGGAGGUGAUGUCGGACUUUGAGCUGCAUCGUCUGUGUCAGCAGUACUACUCCAUCACCUCCUACCAGCUAGACACGGAGCUCCUGCUCGACUCUGGGAAAUUUCACUACCUCACGGAGCUGCUGGGCUCUCUCAAAAACAAGGGAGACAGAGUGGUGUUAUUUAGUCAGUUCACCAUGAUGCUGGACAUCGUGGAAGUGCUCCUCAGACAUCUCAAGCACCGUUACGUCCGACUGGAUGGAUCCACACCCAUAGCUGACAGGAUUGUGUUGAUUGAUGAGUUCAACACGGACCCUGACAUAUUUGUGUUCCUGCUGUCAACGCGAGCUGGAGGCCUGGGCAUCAAUCUCACCUCGGCUAACGUUGUCAUUCUGCACGACAUCGACUGCAAUCCCUACAACGACAAACAGGCAGAGGACAGGUGUCACCGUGUCGGCCAGUCCAGAACUGUAAAGGUGAUCAAGUUGAUAAGUAAGGACAGCAUAGAGGACUGCAUUCUGCAGCUGGGCCAGAAGAAGCUCAAGCUUGAGAAGGACAUGACGGCUACUGACCAAGAUGGGCAGGCGACCAUAACUGAAGAUAUGGCAUCUUUGCUCAAAGCGUCACUGGGAUUGUGAUGCACGAGCAGUUGAACUGAAACGACAAACACAUUUUGAUGGCGUUCCCGUGAGCCCUGACGUGAGUUAAAACACCACUUUUGUAUCCAUGCUGGGGGAAAAACUACUGAGAACCACGCUGCCAUCUCUGGUACUUAGAUCAGGUUGACCGUGUGAACAUGUCAGCUGUGCUGAAAACACAAUUUUUACAUGUUAAUAGUUUGUUUAUGAGCGUAAAUGUUGAAGGCUAAAUAUAAAAUGUGGACUCUUAAAGCCUCUCCUCUCGACAUGUUACUCAGUAGUUGAAAGAAGACUUGAAAGACGUCGGUUGGUGAGAAGAAGUUCUCACCAACUUCUUUUUAAUGUGACUUGUAGGAGUAAAAAAUAUGACUGAAACACAUGUGAUGUGAACGUAGCCUUGGGUUGUUGACAUGUAUGGAGUUUUGCCGUAUCCUGGUAAGGACUGAGUAUGUUUGACUAAAGCUGUUGUUGGAAAUGUUCUUGUGCAGGUGGUACACGGAGAGAUUUACUUUAUCAUCAUCAUUCCUACAUGACCGUGUCAUGUCCUUUAAAUGAAAAUUAGCAGCGUCCAGGGUUAACUGGAGUGAAACUGUUGCCAUUUACAUUCAUUUCCUCUGUAACCAUCCCCAUUUCAAAAUAAAACGCUUUACAGUUUUGUUUCCAACAAAUUUCACCGUUUCAAACUGCAUUUUUGAAUUGGAAAUAACUCAUUGUUCAGCCCUGCUCCUAACACUAAUUCAGUGAUAUUUUUCAGCCAACAAGAAUUGUAUGCACUUCAUUAGAUUCCUAGCUCUUUUUUUUUUUUCUCCAUUAUAUCUCGAGCCAAGUGAUAAAGAAGUUGUUGAUGAAAGAAACAGCUGCUGCCUUCACAGACUGUAUACGUGGCUAAUGUUGUUGUUUGUGUUCUGGUGUAACCAUAAAAAGCUUUUUACUAAGUCGUUUGUAAGUUUUUUUAGAAUUCCUGUUUAAACUAAUAAAUAUUGGAAUAAA